AUGUUUCCUCUUCCACAAUGUGAUAAUGUUCCUCUUCAAUCUGACUCUUCAGAGGCAUGGUGUUCUCAGAUUGCAAGAAAAUUGAAUUUAGAAAGUCACAUGAUUGCAUGGAGUGGUAUUGGAGUAGUAAGAAAUUGUGAUGAGGUUGAGUUUCCAAAUGAAAAAAAGAAUAUUGAAAAACUUUGGAGAAGAAGAAAUGCUGGAGAAAAUAAAUCUAAGUGGGAUUUUAAUGAAUGGAUUCCAGAUUAUGUUAUGAUCAAUAUUGGAAGUAAUGAUUUUUGGGAUGUUGGAGCAUCCAAUCCAACAAGAAAUGAUAUUCCAACAGCUUUUGUUCAAAAAGAAGAAGAAAUAAUUCAAGAGAUAAGAGAAAAAGAGUCUUUACAAGCUUGUUUAUCUUCAGACUCAAGUCCAAAUGAAUUUUCAAAGAGUGAUACUGAAAUAGAAGAAGAAAUAAAUAAAAAUAAAACAAAAAAAGAGAAAUUAGUAUCACCGUCCAAAUUAGGUAGAGUUGUUUCACCACAUGAAGCAGAAGAAAUUCAAAAUAUUCUUGUUGAAAAUAAAGAAAAAGAAAACCACAUAAUUAAAAGAUUAUUACAAGAAUGGAAUGAAAGUCAUGAACAAAAACAAACAAUUUUAGAUGAUUUUAUUGAUAAUGAUGAGAGUGAAUUAGAUGAAGUAUUUGAACAACAUUGUGAAGAAUUUGUUAACCACAUAUUAUCAACUUAUAAAGAAGCUAAAGUUAUUAUUGUAAUUGGUCCUCUUCUUGCUAGAGAAGGGGAAAUCGCUUGGAAAACCGCAUUAAAGGCAUUACAACAAAAAGAACCAGGAAGAGUUUUUGAAGUUAAUUGUCAAUUAUGUUAUGAUGAAAAGAAAAAAGAGUGUUGGGGUUUUAGAAGACACCCAACUUACAUGGCUCAUAAAUUGAUUGCAAACUGCUUAUUACCACAAAUUGAACAAAUCAUUCAUUAA